AAAAUCUAACAAUUAUCUGCCAUUUACUUUUAGUCACAGUAAUGGUUAGAAAAAAAGAGAGAGAGAGAAAAUGAGGUAGAGGUUUUGUGGGUAGAGUCUAGUUUCCUCUGUGGUGGUUCCUCUUAGUUACCAAAUUCACUUUAUUUCCAUUUCAUUUUUCUCACUUACGUUUCUUCACUCAAACUUGAGACUCAACAAGUAUCAGUGUCUUUUGUUCACCCACCACCACUGUUUGUCCCUUGAUGCAGAAAUGGACUGGAAUUUCCGGUUGCCUCUGUGUUUGUUUUAUGUAUGCCAUUCAGUAAUGGCUUUCAACAUUGAUCCUGUGCCCUGGAAGACUUUCACAAACAAUACAAACACUGGCUUUGGCUAUAAAGUGAUACAGAAAGGUGCAAGUCUGCUUGUAAGUGAUCCUUUAAUACAACUCAGUCAAACUCAAAGAGGACAAAUUUAUGACUGUUCUGUCACCAGAGGAAACUGCAUGCCAAUGGCCAUUACUGUCCCGGCUGAGGCUGUCAACAUGUCCCUUGGACUUUCAAUGACCCUAGAUCCUCAGUCUUCAAAUGCAGUGGUAAGUUAUGGGACAUUUUUAAAAUGCAAUAAUAUCAAGAAUUUGUGA